GAAAUAUUUCAGUGCGAACAGUGGAAAUAUAGCCUAGUCAUAUAAAUUAAAUAUGUUGCCUAAUACAGUAAUCAGUUGAAAUUUUACAAAUGGCUAGUGACAAUGGAGGAACAGAGCGAAUCGGAAGCAACCAUGGCGUGUGGAGCAACGUUAAAACGUUCCAUGGAGUUUGAGGCCCUGCUCAGUCCUCAGUCUCCUAAACGAAGAAGGUGCAGUCCAUUACCGGGGACCCCUGGCACUCCGUCUCCUCAAAGAUGCAAUCUUCGGCCGUCAACAGACAGUCCGUCGCUUUCUAUGUCACCGCAGACCAUGGGAGGAGAACAGAGGCUUACUCCUGAGCAGAUCUUCCAGAACAUUCGGCAGGAGUAUAGCCGCUACCAGAGGCGACGGCAGCUGGAGGGGGCCUUCAACCAAAGCGAAGCCUGCAGCUCCAGUGAAGGCCAGAGCCCCAACCCUGCGCUCUUGCCUCCCAGCUCUCCCCCAGGUGCCUCGUCUGUGAAGAAAGAUCAGCCGUCAUUCACGCUGCGACAGGUGGGCUUCCUGUGUGAGCGCCUGCUAAAGGACCACGAGGAGAAGAUCCGUGAAGAGUACGAAAAGGUUCUCAACACAAAACUCGCAGAACAAUAUGAAUCCUUUGUGAAAUUCACGCAAGACCAGAUCAUGCGAAAAUACGGCGCCCGGCCCGCCAGCUAUGUCUCUUGAAGAAUCUCCUCACUUGGUACCAGUCUGUCCUUCGAUAACACAGUGGCUGUAAUACCAGCUGCUUUUCCUUUCCUCUUUUAUUUUUUAUUUUCAUUUUCAUUUUAAAAUUCUUGGGUGCCAUUGUUAAUCCACUUUUUUUUUUUUUUAUUAUUAUUUUAAAUCCCUAGAGGACUUUUGUCAGAACUUUUGGCCCGACAACAAACCCCUUUGAAAGUUUAAAGAAAUGUAAAUUUUCAAAUUUUGAUAAUCCUUCUCUUCCAGCCCCCCCCCAAAGUGAAUCAGGUCUGUGUCUGUCGCGCUGUAGAAAUGCUUGGCCGAUGUGGUGGUUCUGUAUACCAACCACUGACUUGCUGCAGCUGCUUUAACCAAACCCUGCCUUUCUCUCCACCUCACCACCCCUCUCUAUCCAUCCAUUUUUCUUUCUUUCAAGUCUUUACCUGAGGAUGUGGAUUUCUCUUCUUUUUUUUUCCUUUUUGACAAAUAAAGUUUCUGCAGUUUAA